GAAAAUUCUAUACAACAGCCAUAUCCAACAUGUCUUCGUAUUUGUGAACAUAUGUAAAUAUGACCGGUGUAGCCCUUGCAGCCAAAAUGUUAGGAUUUGCUUUGGUGUGUAAUGCAUGAAUAAGCACCGAAUAAUUGACAAAUGUGAGAAUAUUAGGCUUCUGAAAAUUGGUAAUUGGGCGAAGUCUGAAUACACAGGCUCAUGUAUAGACUUUAAUUGACAAGUGUAUGAGUAGCUGAUACUUUAUAUGAUUACUCCUUUUCUUGAGGGGCGCUGUAGAUGGCGCGCUAUCUGGUCUUUAUUUGUUGUCGGUCUUGUUCCAGACGAUUCAACCCACACUUAACUAUAGAUUUAUCGAGUUUUGUUCUACCCUUAUAGCAUCAUAGGUUAUCGUUAAGCCCGUAACCGGCCUUUUCCCGUCAUUAUUGAGGUGUUUUUUUGGCGCCUUAUCCCUUACAGCUAGGCUUAGUAUGUGGAAUAUCUCCAGUGUAACGAUCGGCCUGCUGUGUGAAAUUCCCCAGUAGAAAUUCCCACAAACACUUUUCACUCACUACUUGUCAUCUAUCAUGAUGGCGUCUGAUACGCCGAAGUUGCCGGGAAGGCUGCCCUCUUCAAGUCAUGAAGUAAUCGUGCUGCUUGAGGAAGUCCAUAUGGUACUUGAAGGUAUCGAUACAACCCCGCGGACGCAUGAGUAUAUUUCGUAUCAGCGUAUUAAUAGAGCAGAAGAGGUACGCGAACGCAUACAAUGCGCUAGUAUCGUUAUUGCACCUCAAGCAUUCAUCUCAGCCGAAAGCUUGGGAGACGCGCCUCAUCUCAAAUGCGUGAUCACUCCAACCGCCGGUACCAACCAUAUUGACGUAGAAGAGUGUCGUCGUCGUGGCAUCAAAGUGGCCAAAUGUCUCGGCUCGACGUCUUUGGCGGUCCCUGAGCAUGCACUGAGCUUGUAUUUCGCGGCUAGACGCAAGACGAUAAUGCUACACGAUGAGAUCCGGACUGUGGACGAGAAUGGCAAAAACUCAUGGAAAAGACAAGGCAGUAUCGCAUCCAAUAUGCAAACCGCAAACGGGCAUCCGCCAUAUUCCCUCGAACAAGAAGUCGCAGGAAUCUUUGGAUAUGGUACUAUCGGUAAACGUCUUGAUGUUUUUUGUAAGGCGUUAGGGAUGAAAGUGCUUAUCGCCGAGCGGAAGGCUAACGGUCUAAGUCGGAAAAAUCUAAACGAGAUGAAGGGGCCGGCCGACUUCCGCACUCCCUUUGAUGAAGUUAUCAGAUCAGCAACCGUACUUUUCAUUUGCUGUACAUUGGACGAAACAUCGCGAAACAUGAUAGACGCGCCCGAGCUGAGCACCAUGCAGCCCGAGGCAAUCAUCGUCAACGUGUCCCGCGCAGGAGUCAUGAACACAACUGCAGUGAUCCGGGCAUUGCGAGAGAGCCAAAUCUCUGGUGUCGCAGUGGACGUCUUCGACAGAGAACCCGCAUCUACCGAGGAAGAUAGUGCAUUAUUAGCAGAUGAUACUGCGGGUUUGAAUCUUACCUUGUCCCCGCACGUGGCCUAUUAUUCUACAAAGACUGUGUUGACGAUGAAGGCAAUGGUCAAGGAGCACAUUAAGAAUUUCGUAUCUGGAAACUAUAUUAACUUUGAAGUAUAGUUAAUGCUGUUUGAUCCUGCAAUAUAUCAAAUUCCGCCCCUUUCGCCUUCAUAGGAGUAUGAGAAUUUCCCAGGGGGGUUGACUAGUAACUUUCUUAUUGGGGUGGUUGAGUCUCAGCCUUGUGAAAUGAUACUUAUUUUAUUCUUAGCUUAAAACAAACC